GCCGGCCAGCCGGCGAGGGAGAAGGAGGCGCACCAGCCGUGCCAAGCUCGCAUUGACGUCAGAGCGGGCCGCACAUGACCGAGGGCACCAAUCGGGCGCGCGCCGGAGCGGCUGCUUCCCCGCAACCAUCUCUCCGGGAGUCUCUUUUCCCACCCGCGGCAGGAGGAGCGGCGGCGGCGGCGGAGGAGGGAGGAGGAGGAGGAGGCUCGGGCGGCUCCACGCGCUUCCCACCCGGCCCCCCUCUCUCGCCACACCACAGCUCACCCGCCUCCCUCCUCCCGGACACGCGUCCGCGCCCGGUUCCAACGUGCACGGAUCAUUACGCGCGAGCCGGCGAGCGUGAGCCCGAGAGAGAUCGAGAGAAAGGAAGGAAGAAAGACGACGCCGGAGCCGACUCUCUCUCUCUCUCCUCCUCCGGCUUCGCUUCCGCCGCUGGCUUUGCUCUUUCUUCCCCCAGAGUCUAGCUUUUCUGACCCCCCCCCGACCCUCCACCCUUCCUGGUUUGGAUGCCGCCUGCCUUUUGUCUCCGGCUUCCUGGACGUCGGGAUCGAUCCGGGCUCCUCGACAUGGAUUUGGGAAACUGAAGCCACGAGUUCUCGCCCACCCCCCUCUCCUCCCCACCUUGGCCGCCCCACCGAGCUGGGCUGGCCAGCCUUUGACUUCCCCGCACACACACACUCACACACACACAAAUCACAAUUAGAAACAAAAGGAGAGGCGAGUCAAAAGAAACAGCCGCCGGAGAGAGAGAGAGAAGACAAGGAGCUUGAUCUGGUUUUUUUUCCCCCUUGUUGUUGUUUAUGUAUGGAUUUUGGAAGUUUUUUAAAAAAAACAAUCUGGAUAUAUAUAUGUAUUUUUUAAAUCUAGAAAUUGCUUCCUGAUUGUGUGUCUGCGUGCGUGUAAUCUGGAUUUUGGGGGCGGUUAGGUGGUGGUGUGUCCCCCCCCUCCCCUCCGUCUCCUUCCUUCCUCCUCCUUUUAAAACAAUCCACACCCCAGGCUUUGUAUGCGCGUUGUGUAUUAUUUUUUUCCCUACCUUUUAACCAUUUCCCCAAGACGAUUUGGAGUUUUUUUGGUUGUUUUUGUUUUAAAGCAGGAAAUUAUUGGGGUGUGGUUUUUUUUUAUUAUUCCCCCCCUCCAAAAACAAAGCCAGCCAGCGAGGGGACCCACGACCCUUCCCCCUGCAGCUGGCAUGGAUUUCCAUGGCGGGGGCGGCGGCGGCGGGGGCAGCGACCCCCGGCAGCAGCAGCAGCAGCAGCAGCAGCUCGAAGAGACCAAGCCCUUGUUGGGCGACGUGUCGGCGACGGAAGGCAGUAAAAUGGGGGCCGCUUUCUGCCGGCGAGGCGUCCACUGCACCGGCAUGAGGUACAAGCUGCUCCAGGAGGGGGACAUCCAGGUGUGCGUCAUCCGCCACCCGCGGACCUUCCUCAGCAAGAUCCUCACCUCCAAAUUUUUGAGGCGGUGGGAGCCUCACCAUCUGACCCUGGCCGAGAACAGCCUCGCCUCCGCAACGCCUACCGGGUACAUGGAAAACUCAAUUUCCUACAGCUCAAUUGAAGAUGUUCAGCUGCUCUCUUGGGAGAACGCCCCUAAGUAUUGUUUACAGCUCACCAUCCCUGGGGGCACAGUCUUGCUACAGGCUGCCAACAGUUACCUGAGGGAUCAGUGGUUUCACUCAUUGCAGUGGAAGUUUUGCUAUGUGUUUGUUCUUCCCCAGAAGAAAAUCUACAAGUACAAGAAGGUGCUGAGUAAUCCCAGCCGCUUGGAGGUGGUUUUGAAGGAGAUCCGGACCUUGGUGGACAUGGCACUGACUUCUCCCCUGCAGGAUGAAUCCAUCCAUCAAGCUCCCCUCGAGAUUGUUUCCAAGUUGCUCUCAGAGAAUACCAGCUUAAGUCCUCAGGAGCACGAAAAUAUUAUCGUGGCGAUCGCUCCUUUGUUGGAAAACAACCACCCACCUCCUGAUUUGUGCGAAUUUUUUUGCAAGCACUGCAGGGAACGCCCUCGGUCCAUGGUGGUCAUAGAAGUCUUCACUCCAGUUGUACAACGAAUCCUCAAACACAACAUGGAUUUUGGAAAAUGCCCAAGGUUGAGGCUUUUUACUCAGGAGUACAUCCUGGCUUUGAAUGAAUUGAACGCUGGCAUGGAAGUGGUGAAGAAGUUCAUUCACAGCAUGCACGGCCCUACUGGACAGUGCCCUCAUCCCAGAGUCCUCCCGAAUCUCGUCGCAGUCUGUUUAGCCGCUAUUUAUUCUUGUUAUGAAGAAUUCAUCAACAGCCGAGAUAAUUCGCCAAGCCUGAAAGAAAUUCGGAACGGCUGUCAACAGCCCUGCGACCGCAAACCAAACCUGCCCCUUCGGCUCCUCCACACGAGCCCCGACCUGGUGUCCCAGGAGGCCACGCUGACCGAGUCCCGCCUCAAAUCGGUCAUCGUCACGUCGAAUGAGAUCCACGUGGAGGUGGAGCGCAACAACACGGCCAACCAGAAGAUGACGGCCAACGUCGGCAAUGACAGCGAGCCCAACCUGAUAGACUGCUUGAUGGUCAGCCCCACCUGCAGCACCAUGAGCAUCGAACUCAGCGCCCAGGCAGACCGCAUCCUGGGCUGCUACGUGGAAAUACUCAAGAUGCUGUCAGACUAUGACGACUGGAGACCCGCUCUUGCCAGCUUGCUUCAACCAAUCCCUUUCCCCAAAGAGGCUCUUGCACAUGAAAAGUUCACAAAGGAGUUGAAGUACGUCAUUCAAAGAUUUGCAGAAGAUCCAAGGCAAGAAGUCCAUUCGUGCUUGCUGAGCGUCCGGGCUGGCAAAGAUGGCUGGUUCCAGCUCUACAGUCCUGGUGGUGUGGCGUGCGAUGAUGAUGGAGAGCUGUUUGCCAGUAUGGUUCAUAUUUUAAUGGGCUCCUGUUACAAGACGAAAAAGUUCCUGCUUUCGCUGGCGGAAAAUAAACUGGGGCCCUGCAUGCUGCUAGCGUUGAGGGGCAACCAGACCAUGGUGGAGAUUCUCUGCCUGAUGCUUGAGUACAACAUCAUCGACAACAAAGACACCCAACUGCAGAUCAUCUCAACUCUGGAGAGCACCGAUGUGGGGAAGAAAAUGUACGAGCAACUCUGCGACAGGCAGAGAGAACUGAAGGAACUGCAAAGGAAGGGCGGUCCCACCAGGUUAACCUUGCCGUCAAAAUCAACGGAUGCAGACCUGGCCCGGUUGUUAAGUUCAGGCUCUUUCGGCAACCUGGAGAACCUCAGUCUGGCCUUCACCAACGUCACGAGUGCCUGCGCCGAGCAUCUCAUCAAGCUCCCUUCCCUCAAGCAGCUGAACCUGUGGUCAACUCAGUUUGGAGAUGCAGGUUUGCGGCUCCUCUCCGAACACCUCACAAUGUUGCAAGUGCUUAACUUGUGUGAAACGCCCGUCACAGAUGCUGGCCUGCUGGCACUGAGCUCCAUGAAAAGCCUGUGUAGUUUAAACAUGAACAGCACCAAACUUUCGGCAGACACCUAUGAAGAUCUCAAGGCUAAGUUGCCCAACCUGAAGGAAGUAGACGUCCGCUACACGGAGGCGUGGUGAAAUCCUUUGCGCGGCGUUUGCAGCUUGUGACGAGGAAGGAAGAAAAACAAAUCUCUCUUUUUUUGGAAACAGUUUUUAAAAAGCGGAGAAAUAAAACUUUUGGUUUCUACUUAGAGAGAACAGCAAGUUCUGAGGACUUCAAUUUUAGAAACUGUGUUUGUGAGAUAGCAGAAUGUGGCUUUGCGUUGGGGGGGGCGGGAAGAACUGAGCAUGCCCAGAACCCCUGAUUCUUUUUCGGCUUCAUACUAUGACAUUUAACAUCAUUGACAUCAAUGGGGGUGGGGGGGAAGUGGGACUGUGUCAAUCACAGGAAGAUUAGGGAAAAGUUUGGGGUGGAAUCUGUUUCAAUUUACAAUCGCUUUCUUUGUGUUAUUAGGGUUUGGUUGUUUUUUUAAUGCCAUGUGGAAAGAAAAAUAAUUACAAGAAUAUGCACCCGUUUCUCAUAGUUCUCCUUCGAUGGACUUCAGCUUUUAGGCGCUUCUUUUUCAUCUUUCCUGCGCUUAAAAACCAAGUAUGGGGGGGAAAAAUCGAGAUAAGAAAACAGAAACCCAUGUGAUUUUUUUUCACUUCUUGCUCUGUUCUUAUGCAAAGUAAUUUUUUUGUACAUACAAUUUACAUAAUGCAGCUAUUUAAGAAUAUGGUUCACAAAUAACGGGUCUGGGACCUGUCUUUUAUUUAUGAAUUGUUAAUUCUUUUACCUUUUCGUUUCGUUUGUUUCAUUUCGUUUCAUAUAGAGUCCUGUGUAAACCAGUUUGCUGUCUUACACUUUGUUGUCGUUAAUUUUUUUUUAAAACAAAACACAAUGGACAACCCUUUUUUUUUGAACUGCUGUCUUUUCGUAACACUUCUUUGCAUUACAGGCUCCGUGUCUGGCCCACCUGCCCACGGCAUACCGCGUUUUACAAAAGCCUUCAACCCCACGGGACAGAUUUAAAAUACAUACAUAAAUGGACAUAUAAAAUGCUCAGCUGCGGAAAGAUGGGACGGGAAGUUGAAGAGUAAGGACCCAAAGGCCCUUUUUGGACCAUGUCAGGGUUAGGAAAUUAGGGGUGGUAAAGAAGCCACCUUUGCUUUUACCGUCAGGUUCUUUAAAAAUAAAUAAAAUAAAGUUCUGCAAUUCAGUCUAAAACCUUAAGCUGUUCAAGCAUUUGUGUGUAGAACUGCCAAAGCGUGCCUCUUUGGUUUCUGUUUACGUCCAAGAUUUCAAGGGUGAAUUCGGCCACCCUUGACACUGCUUCCCACAGAAGAUCCGUCCCAUUCUUUCCCCGGACCUUACCUCACCCUCUGCCCCUUUUCCUUUAUACCGAUAAUUUAGCAUCUUCUUUUCAUACAGUUGAGAUCGGUUUGCUGUGAUCGGUUUCUAAGGUCCAGCUGGACGAUAUGAACCACUACCCAUUUCCUGAUCCUUCUUCUCCAUGGCUCAGAAAAAAAA